AUGGGUAGCAUCUCCAUCAGAAAACACAUUCGCUGGCCCCCAGCACCAGCAGCAGAGCCCACAUCCACGAUUGUCCUCACCUCACCAGGUCGACGGUUCGUGGAUCUGCGCGUGCUGCUACCGCUCCAUUCCGACGAGGAUGGGAGCGUUAACCAGCUCCCCAUCUCCAGAGUCGACUGGGCCAUCGCCGGGACCUCGGAGUCGUGGAUCCGUAAAGGCGUGGACGGCGAGGACAUUUCGCACUCUAGAUGGACGCACUGGAUCGACUCGCGCACGCCACUCGAUCCCGAGGCCUCGGUCGCCGACGAGGGCGACAUGUUUCCGCAGCCCGACGGGACGACCUUGGAAAAGGGCCGCAUGUGGAACCCGGACGUGGGCGUCGAGGCCGACUAUGAGGAACUUUGGGAUGAUGGGGAACCUAUCCCCGGGGCCCUCGGUGAAGACGGACAGGCCAGGCCGUUGGCUGGCGGCGCUGCCCGGUGCAUCAUGAUUCAAAUGGAAGAUAAGAGUCUUCGAGCUCGUGGCAGCGUUGUGCUUCUCGGGCAGUAUUGUCAGGGUCUUAUCAGGGUCGGGGACGAGAUUGCUGCCCAAAGAUGGGAAUGGCGACAUGGCCGCGGAUGGGAAAUGACUAUAAAGAUUGGGGAACUACCUCUGCCUUGCCUCGAAAUCAUCCGCCAGGAAACGGACAUAGAGGCCGAUCAAGAACUCAAGUACGGGCAGCAGUCAUGGAAAGUGCAAGAAUCCGUGCCGUGA